AUGGAGCGACACCACCGAGCGGUCCUCGAAAUCUCCACCAAAGUCAAGUCUUUCUACGCACGAAAUAUACCUUUUCGCGUCUACCAUGGCUCAACCAAUAGUACGCGGCAACUUGACCAUGACGCGGACAAAAUUGUCGACACCAACCCACUGACCAACAUCCUCGCCAUCGAUACCGAAAAACGCACCGCUCUCGUCGAAGCCAACGUGCCUAUGGACAAGCUCGCCGCUAAAACCCUCAAACACAACCUCAUUCCUCUCGUCGUCCCAGAGUUUCCGGGCAUCACGGCUGGCGGAAGUUACGCGGGCACAGCGGCCGAGAGUUCGUCAUUCCGGUAUGGCUUCUUUGACCGCGCCGCGACGUUUAUCGAGAUCGUGCUUACCAAUGGAGACAUCGUUCGCGCGGAUCCAGAUGCAAAUACCGAUCUCUUCUACGGUGCUGUCGGCGCGUGUGGCACCCUAGGAGUGAUCACGCUGCUGGAGCUGCGACUGAUUCCUGCGGUACGAUAUGUUGCACUCACGUAUGUGCCAGUAUACUCAGCAGAAGAGGCACUGAAGACAAUAAACUUUGCAUUGACGGAAGAGCAAUGGGACUUCAUCGACGCGAUCCUCUUCUCUCAGAACUCAGGCAUGGUACUCCUAGGACGACUCACAGACAAAGCGGACGACCCCACCACCAAAGUUGUACGCUUUUCCCGGCGUCAAGAUCCAUGGUACUUCAUCCACACCUGUCAUCUAGGCCCGGCGGCGCAAACCCUCUUCACCACGGACAACACGGACGCCAACAUCGACGUGCCGGCUUCUCCACCCGUCACCGAGCUCGUCCCCACACUGGACUACCUCUUCCGCUACGAUCGCGGCUCCUUCUGGAUGGGCGCGGGAGGCUGGCCCGCCUGGCUCUGGAACCGUGCUGGUCGCUACGUCCUCGACGCUGUGUACCGCACGCGCGUUGCAUACCGCGUGCUCCAUCACAGUGGACGGGCUGCGACAAACUGCAUCCAGGACGUCGUCGUGCCCGUCGAACACACGGAAACAUUCCUAGACUUCGUGCAUGGCCAGCUGCAGGUCUAUCCGCUGUGGCUGUGCCUUGUACGCAGCGGUUCCAAGGCCCCACUGCAUCGUGCUAGUGGGCUGGCUGGCGGGAAAGGAGGGGUUGUGGGAGAGGGAGCAGAGGAGCCUGCCUGGCUGCUCAAUGUUGGCAUUUGGGGCGCUUCGAAACGCUCACUUGCUCGGUACAAUAGAGAAGGGUUAGAGAGCUUGAGGUCCACGGAUGGGUUCGCGGCGUUUGUGGCAGAUAAUCGCGCAUUGGAGGCGAAGGUCGCGGAGUUGGGCGGCAUCAAGUGGUUGUAUGCGCAGAACUGGUACACGGAAGAGGAAUUUUGGAGCAUUUAUGAUAAGAGUGCGUAUAACAGGCUGAGAGAACGGUGGGAUGCGCGCGGCUUGCCGAGUUUGUGGGACAAAGUUAAAAGGAGGACGGGCAAAGAGUUCGAGGGUAGUUUUGACGUCGGUAUGUUGAGGGGGAUGGUGUUGAGUCUUUUGGGGAAGGAUCAUAUUUUAAGAAAGGGGAGUGGGAAUGGGAAGAAGACGUAG